GGCGUAUAUCCUGUAUCUAUCCAAGCCGUUUGCAGAGAUAGUGCACACACUGCAGCGGUCACAUUGGGAUCUUAACUGGAUAUUACAAGACAAGUUUUGGCUCUCUGUUGAAAAGACAGAAGAUGGACACAGCCAUCAACAGCCACCUUGUGCGGAAACAGUCCAGUUUGAUUCUGCACGCUGGGUAUUCCAACGACACCUGUCGCUUCAAUGAGGAGUUUAAGUACAUCCUACUGCCUGUGUCUUACAGCCUGGUGUGUGUUCUGGGUCUGGUGCUGAACUCUGUGGCUCUGUGGAUGUUCCUGACCAAGAUGCGACCGUGGAACACUAGCACCGUCUACAUGUUCCACCUGGCCCUCUCAGACUUCCUGUACGUUCUAUCCCUGCCCACCCUCAUCUACUACUACGCCAACCGCAGCCACUGGCCCUUCGGCGUGGCCGCCUGCAAGAUCGUCCGCUUCUUGUUCUACGCUAACCUCUACUGUAGCAUCCUCUUCCUCACCUGCACCAGCGUCCACCGCUACCUGGGCAUCUGCCACCCCAUCAAGGCCCUGACCAUGGUGAAGCCGCGUCAUGCCCACGCCGUGUGUGGCAUGGUGUGGGCUGCCGUCACGGCGUGUCUGGUGCCCAACCUCAUCUUCGUUACCACCAGUCAGAGGGACAACGACACAUUGUGUCAUGAUACGACCAGUCCGGAGCAGUUUAAGGGGUAUGUGGACUACAGCUCUGCGGUCAUGGUCCUGUUGUUCGGCGUCCCCUUCAUGGUCAUCAUGGUCUGUUACUGUCUGAUGGCGAGGGCUCUGUGUCGGCCCAGACAGGGGCUUUCGCCCAGACAGCAGAGCUCACCCUCACGCACCAAGUCCAUCAAGCUGAUUGUGGUGGUGCUGGUGGUGUUCGCUGUGUGUUUUGUACCCUUCCACAUCACACGCACCCUUUACUAUACCUACCGCGUGCUGGAUGCCAAAUGUGAAUUCCUGAACAUCGUCAACUUUGCCUAUAAGAUCACCAGGCCCCUGGCCAGUGUGAACAGUUGUAUUGAUCCAAUCCUGUAUUUCCUUGCUGGGGAUCACUACCGCUCUAAGCUGGUCAAAGCUCUCACUGGAAAGAGACAGACAACCACCAGUCGCUCUGCUGCCGUAUCUGCAAAACUGCCCCAGUAACCAUGAGAUCGCCCUGGUCUAUAAGAACCCAGACUCGAAAGCCAGCGGUGAACCUGAGAGAUAGUGGGUAAAACAUAUGGACAUCUAUGGGGUAUCAUAUAUAGAAAUGCCUAACCUCCGUAAUAUAAACACGGAGGAAACAGAGAACAGUCCUGGGCUGGCCACUACACAGCUGCACUUCCUUUGGAUACUGUUCUGUCAUUUCGGACACAGGAUGACUACUGUACAGGCUGAUCAAGGGGGCCUCAUUACAGAGCCCAGAUCUGAAUGAGAAGUUCAGUUUAUAAAAGGCUGUUGGGGCAAAGCCUUUCUUAAAGAUAAGGGCGUGUUAAAGGGGAAUGAAGAAGUGGCGUGGGAUUGGUCAGAAAACAGUCCCCUUAUCACCGCCAACAUCUUACAACAGUGUUGGAUGCAGUACCAUUAAAUCCUAUCUACAUUCCCCCUUGUUAGCAAGAAGCUAUGUAAAAAACAGGUCUGUUUUAUACAUUCACAUACAGUCUCUAGUUUGUACUCUGAAUACUUGUCCGUCAGUUUCCCUCAUUUUCGUUGUGGCGGUUGCAGUGUUUGUAAGACAGAGUUCAAAUACUUUCAACCAGGGAAACAAAACAGUCUCUGUGUCUCUGUCUGAGCCAGACUAGUCUCCUACUAUUACCAGUGACUGAGGAACGACAGGACAAAGCCUGUUAUGUACAAUAGCUACAGGACUCUGAAGAGCAGAAGGGAGUGAAUGUAUGCAAUCUGUAAUCUGAAUGUUUGGACUUGUGCCCCGUGUAGCUCAGUUGGUAGAGCAUGGCGCUUGCAACGCCAGGGUUGUGGGUUUGUUUCCC